AUGUUGGGCUUAGUGCCCGUUCACGUGAAAAACGGUGGCAGUUUCCCAGAUUUACUGGGAAAGAUCAUUUGGAAAGUCAUUGGGAAAGUCCUGGAGUUUUUGAAAAUCCCACUGGGCCUGCCACGCCUGCGUGGCCGCUGGCAGGCAGUUCGUCGAUUGGAUAUUGUCUCCGAGGCGCAGAAUGCAGUUGGGAGUGUAACUGGCCUUAAAGAGCAAGCAGAUAAAAACUCGCGGGCCAUCGGCAAGAUCGUGCCUACCUGGCAAGCGGUGGAAGGCACUGCAGUGGACAUGUGCCCCUCCGUGCUGGCGACCAAGGACACCAUAAGCAACUUGAAGUGCCGCACCACGGAGUUUGUCAGCAAAGCUGGCCUUGGAUCCUUUGUUCCCAGCGAGGUGAGCAACAUCGUGGCUGGCUGCCCGGCAAAUUUACCGAGCGCAGAACAAGCCAUUGAGGCUGGUUGCCCGAAGGAGGCCUACUCUGCCAGUGUGAAAGAUGUGCUCGGCGAAAACUCCAGUGUCCUGGGUUGGGCCCUGGCUGUGGGUGGUGGUGCUGCUGGCUUGGGAAUCUGCGGCGUGGCAGGUACCAAACUGCUGAAGAGCAAGGAUGACGAGGAUGAGACAGAUGAGGACAGCAGUGGUCAGCCUUUGGCCGAAGAGUGA